AUGUCUGCAUUUGCGACGUGGCAGUACUGUGGGGAGCCGGGCGAAGGGCAGAAGGCUGCGCUAGUUCAGUUUUCAAAUGGGAAACUCCAGAAUUCUGAAAAUGUGAAUUUUUCAUUAUAUAAGAGCAAAGAUACCACUAACCCCAGGAAGAAGUUCAGACGGAUACUGGCUGCUGAAACAGACAGACUUUCCUAUAUAGGAAAUAACUUUGGUAGUGGAGCACUGAAAUGCAACAAUUUAUGCAGGUACUUUGUUGGCGUUUUGAAUAAGAACUCUGGCCAAAUGGAAAUAUAUGAUGCUGAAUUGUUUAAUAUGCAACCAGUAUUUUCAGAUGACUUGAAGGAUAGUGAAACAACAUUAAGAAAUCAGACCAAAUCUUACAGAGAUCAGGUGGACUUCUGCAUUGAGGCCUUUGGGACCACCAAACAGAAGCGAGCUUUGAGCUCCAGAAGGAUGAACAAAGUUGGUAGUGAAACUUUAAACAUAGCUGUGGCCAAAGCAGCUGAAAAUAUCAUAGAUGAAAAGGGGGUCACUGCUCUCGUUAAUGAUGCAGCCCAAGAUGACAUGCAAGAUGAAUCUGCCUACUUGCCCCCAUGCCAUACUGAUGGUGUCAAGCCAGAGGAAAUUUAUAAAUUUGAAGACCUUAUUUCUCCUGCAGAAUAUAAAGCACUUCAGGACCCAUCUGAAGUGCUAAAAAAUGUUACAUCUGAAGAAAUAGUGAAAAUGAUAGAAGAGAAAAGCUACUGUCCUUUUGUAAUAGAAGCCUUGAAGUCCUUGCCCUUAAAUGAGGAGAGCCGGGACCACAAGGCUCGAUGUCUGUGGUUUUUAAACAUCCUCAUCAAAUUCAGAUCCCAGACUGUGAUUAAAAAGAAAAAUUCAUUGGGACCUGAUGUGCCACAUAUUAUUAAUACCAAACUCCUCAAGAAUUUUACUAGUUUGACUUACAACAAUGGCAGUUUACGGAACUUAAUUUCUGACUCAAUGAAAGCUAAAAUAACAGCCUAUGUAAUUGCACUGGCUUUACACAUUGAUGAUUUCCAGACUGACCUGACAAUGCUACAGAGGGACAUGAAACUCAGUGAAAAAAGGAUAAUUGAGAUUGCUAAAGCCAUGAGGCUGAAAAUUUCUAAAAAGAAGUUAUCUUUAGAAUCUGGAAGUGAAGAGCACCACAAGAUAGGAACUCUGUCCAUUCCCCUGCCUGCCUUACCACACCGAAAAAGAAGGUAAAGGCCCAUGGAGCUUUAGGGUUCCAAGGGACACAGCCACACUGAAGAAUGGAAACCCUGGCCUGCCCCAGCUUGGCAUCUGGAUUCUGAUGCCAUUGCUUUCUCUUUUUUCAAGCAGCCAUUUGUUUUUGUGUAUAGCCAGAGACAGGCACCUUGGUUCUUUGGGACCAAAUUAUUUAUAAAAAUGAUAAAGGA